ACAAACUUACAUGAUAAAAUACCACUUACAAUCAGAAGAGAAGAGAAGAAAGAAGAAAGGUGAAAGGAAACAAUCAGAUCGAAGAUCGAAGAAGAAUGGCUCCUCCGGCUCAAUCUCAGCGAUCUCCGUCGCCUUCUCAACCCUCCGGUAAAGGGGAGGUGUCGGAUCUGAAGAUGCAACUUCGUCAGCUGGCGGGGAGUCGGGCCCCUGGGACGGAUGACUCGAAGCGAGAUCUGUUCAAGAAGGUGAUCUCCUACAUGACAAUCGGCAUCGAUGUUUCCUCCGUUUUCAGCGAGAUGGUUAUGUGCUCCGCUACUUCAGAUAUCGUUCUGAAGAAAAUGUGUUACUUGUACGUUGGCAAUUACGCCAAGUACAAUCCCGAUCUGGCACUGCUUACCAUCAACUUCCUCCAAAGAGAUUGCAACGACCAGGACCCCAUCAUCCGUGGCUUGGCUUUGAGAAGUCUCGCCUCCCUUCGCGUCCCUAAUCUCGUUGAGUACCUCGUCUCCCCUCUCGCUGCUGGCUUGAAGGAUUCCAACACUUAUGUCAGAAUGAUCGCCUCUGUCGGGGUCCUCAAACUCUAUCAUAUUUCCGCUUCCACAUGCCUCGAUGCUGAUUUCCCCCAGCUUCUUAAGCAUCUCUUGCUCAAUGACCCCGAUCCCCAGGUGGUUGCUAAUUCUUUAUCUGCUCUGCAAGAGAUAUGGGGUACAGCAGCUUCAUCCGAAGAAGCAGCCAGGGAGAGAGAGGGACUGAUUAGCAAACCAGUCAUCUAUUACCUAUUAAACAGGAUCAAGGACUUCAGUGAAUGGGCUCAGUGUACUGUUCUUGAAUUGGUAUCCAAGUAUGCCCCGCCCGAUAGCAACGAGAUAUUUGAUAUCAUGAAUCUUUUAGAAGACAGGCUUCAGCAUGCAAAUGGUGCUGUUGUUUUAGCAACCAUAAAGUUAUUUCUACAAUUGACCCUGUCCAUGACAGAUGUCCAUCAACAGGUGUAUGAGCGUAUCAAAGCUCCUCUACUUACCCUUGUGAGCUCUGGGAGCCCCGAGCAAUCAUACGCUGUUCUUAGCCACUUGCAUCUUCUGGUUAUGCGCGCACCAAUGUUGUUUGCUUCAGAUUACAAGCACUUGUAUUGUCAAUACAAUGAACCUUUCUAUGUUAAGAAAUUGAAGCUUGAAAUGUUGACCGCAGUCGCAAAUGAGAGCAACACUUAUGAAAUAGUGACUGAAUUGUGCGAAUAUGCUGCAAAUGUUGAUAUCCCGAUUGCAAGAGAAUCUAUCAGAGCAGUUGGAAAAAUUGCACUUGAGCAAUACGACGUAAAUGCGAUUGUUGAUAGGCUGCUUCAGUUUUUGGAGAUGGAGAAGGACUAUGUUACUGCAGAAACACUUGUUCUUGUAAAAGAUCUUCUGCGAAAGUACCCGCAAUGGAGUCAUGAUUGCAUUGCGGUUAUUGGGAACAUAAGCAGCAAUAAUGUACAAGAGCCGAAAGCCAAGGCAGCUCUUAUUUGGAUGUUAGGUGAGUAUGCUCAAGACAUGCAGGAUGCUCCUUAUGCUUUGGAAGGUCUUGUUGAUGAAUGGGAGGAUGAGCCUUCUCCUGAGGUACGUUUGCAUCUUCUUACAGCAGUAAUGAAAUGUUUUUUCAGACGACCACCAGAGACUCAAAAAGCCUUAGGUUCUGCAUUGGCUGCUGGUCUCGCUGACAUGCAUCAGGAUGUCCAUGAUAGAGCGUUGUUCUACUACAGGCUUUUGCAGCAUAAUGUAUCUGUGGCAAAUAGUGUAGUAAAUCCAACUAAGCAAGCUGUUUCGGUCUUUGCUGAUACUCAGAGCAGUGAGAUCAAAGAUCGUAUAUUUGAUGAGUUUAACAGUCUAUCUGUCCUCUACCAGAAGCCUUGUUACAUGUUCACAGACAAGGAACACCAAGGACCAUUUGCGUUUUCAGAAGAGGUUGGAAAUAUUGCGGUUGACAAUGAUGAUGAGGACCUCCUUUUGGGUACCACAACGAAACAAGAUUCUUCUUCUUUACCCCACCAAACAGCAGCGCUUGUAUCUUUGGAUCAAACUGAACCACAUGCUGAACAAACAAAUUCCGUCAUUGAUGACCUCUUUGGUCUCGGAUUGUCUUCCUCUCCUGCCCCCCCUCCUUUGAAGCUGAAUGCUAAAGCUGUGCUUGAUCCCACCACUUUUCAGCAGAAAUGGCGCCAACUUCCUGUUUCAACAUCACAGGAAGUGUCUAUAAGUCCACAAGGUGUGGCAGCGAUGACGAGUCCCCAAGUACUUGUACGCCACAUGCAGCAGCUUCACUGCAUCCAUUGUAUCGCUUCAGGUGGACAAGCCCCGAAUUUCAAGCUCUUCUUUUUUGCACAAAAAGCAGAUGAGCCCUCCUCAAACUUCCUAGUAGAGUGUGUAGUAAAUUUAUCCACGAGUAAAGCGCACAUAAAGAUUAAAGUUGACGACGAGACGGCCUCCCAAGCUUUCUCUGCCUUGUUUCAAUCAGCCUUUUCAAAUUUUGGCAAGGCCUAGCAUCGCAUCGGCAUCGCUGUUUCUUUUUAUAGACUUGUAAAAUGUUGUUUUGUGUAAUUUGUGUCCGCAAACAUUACGUGUUUUGGAGAUAAUAAAAUAAACACUUCUUUUCCUUGUA